AUGACCAUCGUCAACCUGUCAAGUCUCUUCCUCGCCCAGCCUGAGGACCACAGCACCCUCCAGAGGUGGAAGUUCCAUCAGCAGAUGGUCAAUCUCAAGGCCCUCAUCCAUUUGGAUCCCACCCAAGAUGCUGUCAAAGAGCUCCUUGCUCUCGAUCCAGCAUACAUAGCCCACACAAACCAAUACAACAGCCUUCCAUCCUCCACAAUGGUCCCCUUGGCUGCCAAGAACCUCAACCUACCCGAUCCUGCCUUGCCCAACCAUGAGGAGACGAUGACCAUCGCCGAUGCACCCGAAACCCGCACCAACAAACAUCUGCUCAACUCAAUCAAUGCUCUCCUCCGGCUCCCAGAGGAACGCCAUAGCACAUACUAUCCAGAAGAAGCAAAAUGCUCAGUUGCAAUUACUACCCAGGCCAGCACAUUCACGCAUGCCUCACACAUCACAAACAAGAGAUGGCCAUUGCCAGGCUCAACGGGUGUUACGCAGGCAGCCCCCACUGCUGUCCGUGGGCUGGGUGCAAGCACCAAGAUCUAUGGUCGACACAAAAUGGCUUUCUUGGCCAUGUCCUUGUCCAUGCCAAGCACCGCCAAAGCAGAAUGCUCUGAGGCUGCUGCAAAUGGACUGUCCGAGGACUCAAAUGCGGUGCAAGCCCCGACGACUGGAUUGCCCAUCUGGAGGAAGUUCACAAUGUGA